AUGCUUAAACAUUUUUCGCUGAUUUUCGUUGCUGCGGUGAUUGUGUGCGUUGGUUCGGAGGAAAGUAGCGAAACGACAGUUGCCUCCGAUUCUGAAUCAAGCGAAUCAAGCACUCCGACCACUGGGGGCAACAAGGCGAAAAAGGAAUGCAAACAGUGCCAACAAAACUGUAUUCAAGCCCUUCGUUGUGGAGAAAGUAUUAAUGGCACACUAGCCAAUAAAAUGCACAGUAUUCUAUUGUUCCGCGAAGGAGGAAUGGUUGACGGCGAUGAGGUUAUAAUUAAUGGAGGAAUAUACGAUAAUGCUUCUGAAAUCCAUUUUGAAAUUUACAAUGGUCUCACUGUUGGUCGAAUCGAUCCAACAUUUCGCCAGCCAACUCUUCUCAACUUCACUCAUUUUUACGACACCAACGUGACUUAUGUUACGAGAGGAGGAGUUGAGCAUAAAAGCUACGCCGGUGUGCGUCCAGUUAUUCUUACUGAUAGCAUUCGUGACAAAUCACCAACAUUCGGAUUCAAAUUCAAAAUGCAAAGUUCACAAACUGGUUUGAACAUGGGCGACGAGAACGGAUAUUUCAACAAUAAUAUCAGUUAUCCAGCUGUUGCCCAUCUCCAAGCAUUUUCCUUAUACGGAGAUUGGGAAAUCACCGAUAUUUCUUUCAAUUGCAACUUGGCACAAAAACCAGCUGACUUUUAA